AUGGCGGCAGGUGUGAUUGCACCUUCUCUAACAGAGAUACUUACUAAAUCUAUUCAUACUGGAAUAUUUCCAGACGAAUGGAAGGAAGCAAGGGUGUCGCCAGUGUAUAAGAACGAUGCAAAGAAUGAUCCGAGCAAUUAUAGGCCUAUAUCGGUGAUUCCAACGGUUUCAAAGAUUUUUGAGAAAAUUAUCUUUGACCAACUUAAUAAAUAUUUUAACGACAACAAUCUGUUGACCACCUGUCAAUCUGGAUUUCGGUCAUUGCAUAGUACAGUAACAGCUUUGCUGGAGGCUACAAAUAACUGGUCUGUUAAUAUAGAUAAUGGUCUAAUUAAUGGGGUUGUUUUCAUUGAUCUGAAAAAAGCCUUUGCUACUAUUGAUCAUCAGAUAAUUUUACAGAAAUUAGAACAUUAUGGUAUCGACCGUUAUAGUUUAAAAUGGUUCGAAACUUAUCUUACAGGCAUCAAUCUUAUCUUCACAUGUUAA